UCGUUGUGACAUUUAUUUUUGAAAUAAAAAAGUUUGUGGUUACACAUUUAUAUUUAAAAAAAAAUAUGUUUUGUGAAGAUGUUUGUUUGGGUGCCACGAGGGGGAUAGACAAGUUGAGAGCAAUUAGUGAUGAGCUCAGUGAGAAAGUGGUGGAGCAGUUAACUGGAAACCAGGAACUGGUGAUGAUUACUGACUUAGAGCGCGAAUCGAAUGACUACCAAUAUAAAAAAUGUGUGAAGGAUCGAAUAUCCGAUAUAGCGUCGUGGCAGUGGGUACUAGAAGAUCUAUCAAAACGGCUGCAAGAAGCGAUUGACGCUUUAAAAUACGAACAUAACGCACUGAGGGUAGUUGUCGAUCGAGUACAAAAAGAAAUUAAGGAAAACUCAAACGAUGGAUCUCAAAGAGGAGCGCUAUGUCCUUUGACUGAUGAUGUUGAAGACUCAAUAAUUCAAGAAUACGAAUAUCUUCGUGAUCAGAAAAAAUAUUUUGAAAAUCUAAUUGAGGAGUUGUAUAAAAAGACAUCUGGGAUCGAACGUAUAAAGAUAAUAAUAGAUAGAGAUAUAAGCAAUAAAAAACAAGCGUUGAGGAUAGAAGAAUCGAGUCUUAACAAUUUUUUUACUGACGGUAUACCUGCCUCUAAUCAAAAUAAGAAACGAGGAUCGCCGAUAAAGCAAUGGGAAAAAAGAUGUUCCCGUCUAAAAAGGUCAGGAUUAAAAGCGCUUUGCAAUGCUGUAGUUACUAGAAAACAGGUUCGGGCAGCCAGAAUGAAAUUGUCUAUAUCGGCUCAAGCGUUUUCUUUAAAAGUCGACGCCAUUCUGAGAAGAAGGCUGCACACUAAUAAAAUUAAACUUCAAGACCUCAAUUGGCAGAGAGAAGAGGCCGCAAGAGAUUACGAUUCCUUGCAAGAAGAACUCACAUGCACGGAAAUGGCGAUCAUAGAAACGAUGAAUCAGAAAAAGUUAGUUGAAUCAAGGUUAGCUAAUCGCUCACACAGACCCACAGGAGAAUUGACCAAAGACGACGUCAACAGAACAUUGAGGGAGGAACAAGUUAAAUUAAGGAAGACUUUAAAAGAUUUGAGAAAUAAUAUUGAUAGAAUUGUUACACUACAGAACAAACUAGGUAAAGCUGUCGCUAAUAUAGAUUGCUGUGCGAACGAUUUGAUACACGUGAUAAGUUUGGAUGAAGAAAGGAUUCGAAGUCGUCAAGGAGAGCCAAAACAGUCUGAGUCUAUAACAACCACUAGCAACACUCAUUCUUCAGACGUCUCCCAACCAAGACAAUCCUCUGGACAAUUGGCUGUCAUCCAAGAAGAAGAUGAAAAUGAUUAUCCCUUCGAUUUCUGAUAAGGUUGUCAAAAAAAUCAUUGUGGCUUUCUAAAAUGUAUGAACAACUUAUCAUUUCAUACUUUGAUACUAUACUGAUAGAAAAAUGAUUUGCUAGUCACAAUAGAAAGCAGUCGGCAAUUUGAACUAGCAUCAGUAUAAUUGGCAACAUCUUGACUUGCAACAAUGUGACCAGUAAUAUUGUAACUGGCAACAGUUUACAACGCAAUAGAGGGGGGCAACCAGCAACAGAGUAACAUAUGUUGGCAACAAUGAAAAUAUAUCACAUAAACGACUUAAAUUAAUUAUUAAAUAUAUUCUGAUAUUUUUCUAGCUUGUUAUGAUAUUUUUAACGUUAUAUGGAUUAGAAAUAAAAAAAAGAAGCUUUAAAUAUUAUUUAUUUGGUAAUGUAAUUCUCUGAACAAUUCCAAUAACUACAGUUUUAAUUGUAAGUCAUAAAACCUGCAAAAAAAAAAAACAGAUUUCACUAUCUAUAUUAUACACAUUUGAAAUGUUAUGUUGCUAGUCAAUAA